UUGUAAAAGUGAAAAAAAAGUCUAGUCGGAAAUUUUUAACAUAUCAAUUGCUCAGGGAAAGAAAGAGGAAGAUGAUUUCUUUUUAUCAUCAUCAACAACAAGUAGUAAAAUCGGUAACAUCAUCUUCAUCCUUUACUUCAUCACCCUAAUCAUCAUCAUCAUCAUCAUCAUUCCCAACGUUGUUAUCCAAAUCUUUUCAAUCGUAAAAGCGAAAGAGGAAAAAAAAUUCAAAUGAAAACAAUAAAUUAAAUUCACAUGAGCCAUGAGACGAGAAAAAUGAUUAACGAUUAAUCAAUUGAUCAAUUUAAGAUCAACACCUUAAUUUUGAUACUUUUUUUUGUUAAUCCAUCAAAUGAUUAGUUAAUUUGUCGACCGAUUCAAUUGUAAUAUCGUUUUUUUUUGUUACUGUUUUGGUGUUUUUGUUUUUCUCUCUGUGACCAUUUCGAUUGUUGUUCCUUCAAAUUUGUGUUCUUAAAUCAACUUGAUCAUGGAAAAUUCUGAACCUCAGGCUGACCCAUAUGAUAUUUGGAAGGCACUUCAGCCCCAGGUCGUUAUCGUUAAUAACCCAAUGUAUUUUGUUAAAUUAAAACGAGAAACGAGAUCUAAAUUAGUCGCUUUCUUCGAGUACUUCAAGACAUUCACAGAGCGUUGGUUUUCCCACAUCCUAUUACUUUUUGUCCUUUUUUUGUACGGGUGUUUUGGUGCUUGGAUAUUCAUGAUGAUCGAGGGUAAAGCCGAAGUGAAAUACAAGGAACCAGUUUCUUACAUGAUUCAGGAUUUCAAACGGGAAUUCUGGUAUCAGGCCAGGGUGAUAAAAAGAGAUAGAAAUGCGAUCUAUCGUCUUGUUGAAUUAAGAAUGAAUGAAUUCGAGAGACAAUUAUUGGAAAAUUUCAAGUCCGGUAUUGAGGUCGAAGUCGAAGAUGUCGCUUGGACCUUUUGGGACGCACUGUUUUUCUGUGUAACCAUUUUCACCACAAUAGGUUAUGGUCAUGUAACACUGAAAACUGAUCUUGGUCGCGGAUUCACAAUGAUUUAUGCUUUUAUUGGUAUUCCAUUGGUACUUAUGGUUCUCACCGAUUUGGGUAAACUUUUCACUCGAGGUAUUAAGUUCAGUUUUCUUAAAAUCCGUCGAUUCUGUUAUGCUCAUGGAUUCCGUCGGGUGCGACAAGCUGGACGCACGGUCUCUGCCUAUCAAACACAGUAUGUUUCAGGCGCUUAUAAUGCUAUCAGAAGAUUAUCCGUUCCAAGGCGAUCUAAAAGUAAGGCAAGUUCGAAGGAAUCAAGUGUCGUUAAGGAAACAACGAGGUCGAAUGAUAUAAACUUGAGAUUACCUUCGGAAGAUCCUGAAUCAGCUUUUCCUAUGGACACAACUCGAAUUUAUAAAACUCCAAUAAUUUAUCCUGGAGAAAUGCCGAGUUUAAUCAGCCCAUCUUCGGGUGUUGUCUCAUCUUCCCCGUUACCACCUCCGCCUGUUAUCAUCUCAUCGAAUCCAACCCCGCCGAUGACAGCCUAUGUCGAAUCUCGUCCAGGAAGCCCAAUAACACCCGAAACACCGGCUCCUUUUACCGUGGACGAUGAAUUCAAUCUUCCAGUCAGUUUAGCGCUUUUCAUUCUAGUACUUUACAUCCUUUUGGGCUCAUUUAUUUUCACAUACACGGAUGAAUGGCGUCUCUUUGAAUCAUUUUACUUCGUUUACAUCUCAAUGAGUACCAUUGGAUUUGGUGAUUACGUUCCAGAAGAUUCACUUUCAAUGAUUGCCUCAUCUAUUUAUAUGCUUUUCGGUUUAGCCUUAACCUCAAUGUGUAUCAAUGUAAUUCAAGAAAGACUUGCCGAGUCGUUUGAGAACGCAAAAGUCAGAAUCGGUGCCCAAUUGGGUCUAGAUGUUAAUACGAUAACGGGAAGUGGUGUUAAUGGUACGGGUGGAAAUGGUGAUCCUGGGAGAGAAUCGAAAAAAGAAUCUGGUAAAGAGGUUGGAUUCGAAUUGAAGUCCGCCGAUAUUGGUAAAUCGCUUCGAGAGAGGCGUGAACGUCGACGAUCAUCUGAAAGAUCAAAUUCCGAUAAAUCUUCCGAUAUAACAUCAAUCAAUACAAUGAGAACACCAAAUGAUCAAUUGGAUAAAACGAGUUCAGAAGAUGAUUAUUCAGUGAAAACUUCCGAUCUGUGAACAUGAUGGAAACUCUGAACCAUGAAAUAGUCCAGAACGAUGAAAAUCAUGAUUAAAAGAAAUCAACUCGAAAAACCAAUUAAAUUGCUCAAAACAAUCAACUCGAGUUCUAAACAUCAAAAUAAAGCACAUGAGAUAAUAUAAUUAUCCUUAAUCAUCAAUCGAAUCCAUUCAAAUCCAAUGGAUAAUCAUGUUUUUUUUUCUUCGAUGAUUAUGAUCAAUAAGAUAAUUAACUAAUCAUCAAUAACUAUGACGAUGAUUAAUUCUUGUAAAUCUAAUUGUUUGUGAGCUUUUUAAUCAAAGGAACGAAAAAUUAAUCUUGUCAACUGAAUCAAAUUUGAUCUCUAGUUGAAAAGAUGAUGGUGAUUAGUUAACAAUUAACUUUUCUCAGGGCUUUUAAUUUUAAUUGUGCGCCACACAGAACCAACAAUUAACGCCUUCCAUUUAUAUUGUUACACCUCUGGUUGAUUAUAAUCAAACAAUUAGUCGUUUCUUAAUUGUGUCCAUCAGAUCAAAUCAUCAUUCAAAAUUCAUUAAUCAUCGUUAAUUGUGAUCACCAAUGUUCACAACACCAGCAAUCAUUUAGUAAUCACUUUCGAGGACAAUUAAGUGUUGGUGUUUCUUUUUUUUUUGCUACAAUUAAUUUGAUUUCAUUCAUUUAUUUGAUUGAAUCAAUUAACAAUUAACUCUUAAUCAUUUUCUGUGAUAUAAAACCAAACAAAAAUUACUAGUGAUCAAAAUGUAACAUGUAAUUAAAAUAAAUCA